AUGUUCUUCAAGGCGCUGGACCUGACCACUGCGCUCAGGCCUUUGCUGCUACCUGAUGAGACCCUCCUCUUUGUCCAAGACGCAGUGGGACUUUAUGAAGGGAAAUACAAGAUUCAGAACUAUCAGAAUGGACAUGCCUAUCUCACAUCUCAUAGAGUGUGCUAUGUUGCAACUGAGGACCCGCGAAAGUAUUCGGUGGCUAUCGACCUGAAGGAAAUCGAUCGAGUGGAGUAUCAGGUUAGCUUCUUGAAGUCUUCUCCAAAGAUUACCAUACACCCCAAACCGCAGAAGAACAAGGCUGAUAAGUCGAGGAGCGCAACUGCCAGCCCUGCUCUAUUCCAACAAUCAGCCCUUCAUUUAGCGCAAUCACUGUCUACACUUCCACAAUCGAACAUUCCACAAAGCUCCUCGUCUCCGAAGCCGGUCAAUGCUACUUGGAUUUGUCCCAUUUGCUCAUUCUCCAAUCCGCUUCCAUCCAACUUCGACCCGACAACCGCAAGCGCUGCUACACAUUUGCCCCCCUGCCUGGCAUGUGGAAUCAAACCACCAUUUACAACCGUACUCAAAGCAGCCAUAAGUGCUGCGACAAGUCGAGACUCUCCCGUGCCUCCAGUUGCAUCGCCAGCCACUUCACACAGUUUUCCUCAACCAGGCUCUGUGGCAUUGCCCGGGCCCGGGGUAUCCGUCCCCUGUCCACGAUGUACUUUUGUGAACCACCCAUCUCUCACUGAAUGCGAGAUAUGCGGGGCCCCUUUAACAUCUGCGGGGUCUUCUGCUAAUGCUAACCGGGUGGACUCGCCUGCACCAAUAUUUGAGCAGUCGCAUAUUGCAAAUACAGAGGUUAGCGAGAGCAUCAAACUUUCUUUCCGUGCAGGGGGCGAGAAAACAUUCCAUGAAAGGCUAAAGGGGGCCUUGGUUCAGAGGAAGUGGCUUCUGCAAAAUGCGCCUCCUGUGCCUCCACCAUCUCAGGCCACCUCCUCACCUGGCUUGCCAUCUGGUGUCACUGCUGUGGAAAGCCCUCUUCCUUCCACGCCACGGUCUUCGGGUGUCGGUAUUGCAGGACUGGAACGUCGUGGUUUGGAGGCUCGGAAAAAGAAUGAGAUGGUGAUCGGGAAUGCCUUUGAGGAUCUUGGAGCCUUGAUGGCCUCUGCAAAGCAGAUCGUGGCUCUAGCCGAAAGCUUAGCCCGAGAGUCAGGCAUGACCUCCAGCGAGGGCUCCGCAGAAGCCAGUGCGGUACUAUCCGAAUCAGCAGCUGCUCUAGGAAUGGUUACCACAAAAGACAUGUUGAGCUCUGGAUCAGAAAGUCUUUAUCUAUCAGAACUCGCGCGUGAUUUAGCUGAAUACUUGACAGAUGACAGGAAAGGCAUUUUGCAGCGCGAAGGUGGAAUCAUGAGUCUCAUCGACCUCUGGGCGGUCUUCAAUCGCUCCCGUAAUGGAGUUGAGCUGGCCAGUCCUUCUGAUUUCCAAAAGGCCGCAGAGCUAUGGGAGAAGCUCAAACUGCCUGUUCGCCUCCGGCGCUUCAAGAGUGGUCUUCUGGUAGUACAGCGGUAUGACUGGAGCGAUGAGAAGACAAUUGAGAAAAUUCUAGACUGGAUGGAAGAGCUGCGACGCAUUCCUCCCGAAGAUUUUGUUCCUUGGGAUUGGUCGCUAUUCGGCCGGGCAGUCACUGCACAAGAAGCCGCGCAUCGGUUCAAAUGGAGUGUCGGGGUAGCUUCCGAAGAGCUAGAAAUGGCUGAAGACCGGGGGAUUCUUUGUCGGGAGGAGGGAAUUGAGGGUCUACGCUUCUGGCGCAACUACCUCUCGGUCCCGGUUUCUGAUAAUCUCUCUCGCCUUAUUAUUUGA